UGAUGGGUUUUUGGUUCGACUGAUUUUACGAUCUGGGUAUUACUCGGAAACGAGAACAAUAAACUUAAUCCUGGGUUUUGACUGGAUGAAGCUUUUCUGUUUGAUUUCCCGGUUUUUGUUCAUCUCUUUUCUUUAUCAUGUGAUGUGAGUUUCGUUUGUCUGACCGAUCAAAUUUGAUUUUACUGUUUACCUUGAUUCUCUAGAGAAUUUUCAUGGGUUCGACUCUCUGUGUUCCUUUACCCUUUUGAAAGAUGUGUGUAAUUGUAAUAAUAACAUGAUUGAAGUCAGAUUUGUUUUCCCUGUGGUAUUAGAUUCGCCGCAGAAUUUGACAAUCUUUAGUUCAUUUUCUCUCAUGAUGAUCUCAUUCGUCAUUUAGUGACCGAAUCCAUGUCUGAGAAUGAUUUGAUACUCGGGAAGUCAUCAGCGUUUCAUGCGAUUGCUGUUUGAUAUGUGAAGAAAAGCGGUGUGGAAAUGAUGAUGAUGUUCAACGAGAUGGGUAUGUGUGGGAACAUGGAUUUCUUCUCCUCGGCACCACAAUCUGGACCAGAGCUGAUCGUUGACGAUAACUAUACCGACGAAGAGGUCGAUGUCGAUGAGCUCGAGAGGAGGGUGUGGAGGGACAAAUUGCGUCUGAAGCGUCUCAAGGAGCAGAGCCGUAGUAAGGAAGGAGUCGAUUCUUUCAAGCAGAGGAGGCAGCCGCAAGAGCAAUCGAGGAGGAAGAAGAUGUCGAGGGCGCAAGACGGGAUCCUGAAGUAUAUGCUGAAGAUGAUGGAAGUGUGUAAAGCUCAAGGCUUUGUCUACGGGAUCAUCCUCGAGAAGGGAAAGCCUGUGACGGGCGCCUCUGAUAAUCUCCGAGAGUGGUGGAAGGAUAAGGUGAGGUUUGAUAGGAACGGUCCGGCUGCUAUAGCCAAGUACCAGGUCGAGAAUAAUAUCCCCGGGAGUAACGGUGGUAGCAAUCCAAUUGGGCCGACACCAUAUACGUUGCAGGAACUUCAGGAUACAACUCUUGGAUCGCUGCUAUCCGCUCUGAUGCAACACUGUGAUCCUCCACAGAGGCGAUUCCCAUUGGAGAAGGGAGUUCCUCCACCAUGGUGGCCUACUGGAAAGGAGGACUGGUGGCCUCAUCUCGGUUUGCCAAAAGAUCAAGGCCCUCCACCAUACAAGAAGCCUCAUGAUUUGAAGAAGGCAUGGAAAGUCGGUGUCUUGGCUGUGGUUAUCAAGCAUAUGUCGCCCGACAUUGCUAAAAUCCGUAAGCUUGUGAGGCAAUCCAAAUGCUUGCAGGAUAAGAUGACGGCCAAAGAGAGUGCUACUUGGCUCGCCAUCGUGAACCAAGAAGAGGCCCUUGCACGGGAACUUUAUCCCGAGUCCUGUCUUUCUCUAUCCUCAUCUGGAGGAAUUGGGUCUCUUUUCAUCAAUGAUUGUAACGAGUAUGAUGUUGAAGUUGUCGACAAGGAGGCCAGUUAUGAUGUGGAAGAGCUCAAACCAGAGAAAGUGGUCAGUCCUGCAUACUUUGGGAUGGCUAAUACGGACAUGGUCCAACAGCAGUUCCCGGUUAAGGAAGAACUAACGGCUGGAAGCAUGGAACUCGUGGGAAAGAGGAAACCCGAUGUUGAUCUAAACACGGUGAUGAACAGAAGAAUCUUCGCUUGUGAAAAUUCUCUGUGUCCCCAUUUCGAAAUCCAUCUCGGGUUUCAAGACAGGAGUUUGAGGGACAACCACCGACUUGUGUGCCCAUACCGAGACAGUUGUUUAGGUUAUGGAGCAUCUGAGUUUCAUGUCAGUGAAAUAAAGCCAGCAGUUUUACCACGACCCUUUACUCAGCCGCAUCCAGCAGUCCGGCCCGUGAACUCAUUCCAACCCACCGACCUUACGGGCUUCGGGGUCCCAGAAGAUGGGCAGAAGACGAUCACUGAGCUCAUGGCUAUGUACGACAGAAGCGUCCAGAGCAACCAAGCUCCUCCAAUGGCGGAAAAUCAGAGCAUGGGGGUUCAGGCAAAGGCUCUGAACCGUCAAGAGCAGCACCAUUUCAAUGACAACGAAGGGAGCUUCUUCGAAGACUUGAGCAAAGGGUUCGAGUUCGUGUUCGGUGAUUCUACGCCGUUCGAUCUGGCAUCACUCGAUGACAGAAACGGAGGGACGAAGGAGGGUAUGAUGAAGCAGCAAGACGCAUCGAUAUGGUUCUGAAAUCUGAAGUAAGUUAUAUAUAUAUAUAUAUGGAAAAAUCUAAUUAUGUAAUGAUCAUAUGUUAAAUAACUUGUACAUAUACCUUGUCUUGUAAUAAAACUCUUGAACAGUAUUAGGAAUUUCCCUAGCGUUAAUAACUUGUACAUAUACAUUAAUUGACAUUGUAAAAUUUUCCAUCAUAUGAUAUAUUAGUUUCAGCUUA